CCAUGACAAGACGGAGAGACGCAUCUGACGUGGCGGCCAUUUAAUGGCAUAAACUGCCGAUGUGGCAGUUAAACACAGCCCUUCCCACCUCUUUUUAAAUGUCCCACAUCUACCGGUUGCCUUGUCCAAGAUUUCCAAAAAUUCCGACAAGCCUACUCGAGGAAUGGCGGCAGCUGCUUCCAUGGCUACUUCACUUACGUUCCCGUUACUUCCCUCCCAAGGGCUUCGUGGACCGUCUACUAGCUGGUUGCCAUGUACAAUACCCCAGAGGCGCUUUUCGAGGAAGGUUGCUUCUAAUUUGAUAACGGCAAAGUUCGAGCUGAAGCCUCCUCCAUAUCCGCUGAAUGCAUUGGAACCACAUAUGAGCCGAGAAACCCUGGAGUAUCAUUGGGGAAAGCACCAUAGAACCUAUGUGGAGAACCUAAACAAGCAAAUUGCAGGAACAGAGCUAGAAGGGUUGCCCUUGGAAGACAUUAUAAUUGUUUCAUACAACAAGGGUGAUAUACUCCCUGCCUUUAACAAUGCCGGACAGGCCUGGAACCAUGACUUCUUCUGGGAAUCAAUGAAACCAGGUGGUGGAGGAAAACCAUUUGGAGAUCUUCUAGAUCUGAUUGAAAGAGAUUUUGGGUCUUUCGAACAAUUCAUCCAAGAGUUCAAGUCUGCUGCAGCUACUCAAUUUGGUUCUGGCUGGGCAUGGCUUGCAUACAAAGCCAAUAGGCUUGAUGUGGAAAAUGCGAUCAAUCCUUGGCCAUCAGAGAAGGACAAAAAGCUUGUAGUUGUAAAAAGUCCAAAUGCCGUGAAUCCCCUUGUUUGGGACUACUUCCCACUGCUCACUAUUGAUGUCUGGGAGCAUGCUUAUUACCUUGACUUCCAGAACCGACGACCGGAUUACAUUUCAAUGUUCAUGGAGAAGCUAGUAUCUUGGGAAGCAGUUAGUGCUAGACUUGAAAAAGCAAAGGCUCUAGCUGCAGAGAGAGAAAUGGAAGAAGAGAGGAGGAAAAAAGAGGAAGAAGAGGAGAAACACACUGACGAUGAAGCUGUAGAGAUGUACUUAGAUAAUGACACUGAUGAUUCCGAGGCUGAAUAGAUUUAGAUUAAUAUACCUUGAUGUGAUUAUCUCUUCAUUGUAUCUUCGGAAGUGAGAAAGAGGUUUUUUUUGCACGUCAAAGAGAGAUCCUUUUGUUCUUUUCAGUUUUGUUUGUAUCCAUACCUGGACAGCUGAAUUUUGAUACGUGAAUAUUCAGCCGUCAGAUGUAGAAAUGAAGUGGUGUAUCAAUAAAGUCCUAUAACUUCCAGAAAAUGAAGUGCUUUUAAGCAAA